UUAUGGCUUUGCGCCGUUAUGGCCUCGCGCCGUUUUGGGCUGUACCCUAUUUUUCCUUAUACUCUCUUUUAAAGACAAUCGACACAAUGACAACCUCCCACGGUUCCCUAAUAGAAACAAGAACUGCCGUAUUAACAGCCGGCAAACGAGGACCAAUGCUUCUUCAAGACUCUGUCUUCCUAGACGAAUUAAUGAAAUUUGACCGAGAAAGGAUACCCGAAAGGGUUGUACAUGCAAAAGGGGCAGCGGCUUUUGGCUUUUUUGUUGUAACCAACGAUAUUACAAAGUAUACAAAAGCUUCGAUCUUUGCAAAGAUUGGGAAGAGAACCCCCUGUUUUUUUAGAUUUUCGACUGUUGGUGGGUUUUGGAUUUUUUUAAAGAUAAAUAAGGGGGAAAGAGUCCGAACAGAGGUCAAGGGUCAAGGUGUCCGAAGGUCAAGUCAAGGUCCACACAAGGGGUCCCGAACAGAGUCCGCCUAA